CAACAAACCUCUCAAAAUGUUGACCAUGCCUUCCAUUUUUCUAAAUUUUUAAAUUUUAUUUAUUUUUUUUUUUUUUCCCCACUAUAAACGCCAUUGUCAAAUUAUCAGCUGACUGAUAAUGGAUGAUUUUUUUUUUUUUUUUCCCUUGGCUUUUAAUGAUGAUUUAACGAAAAUUGAGGGGCAUACAAUUGAAAACAAGGUGUUUAUAAAAUCAUCUGUGGAGCUUCAACAUUUAUGAAGAAUAGCAAAAAUGAAAUAAAAUGGGUGAAAUUCUCUACGAAAUAAAUUUUGCUCCUAAAACUGUUUACCUUUGCUUUUGCUUAUGCAUGCUUUGGUGUAGUCCUCCAUAGACAACUCCUCUGCCAAUCAUAAGUUCAUAACUUCAAAGCUCUCCUAAUUCAACACAAACAACGUUGUCUUUCAGUUUCCAGUAACUUGUUCGGAGGAUCAAUGACCCUUUAUAUGCCCUUAUUCAGGUCCUGCACCACUUUACGAAAACUAGCUCAGCUCCAUGCUCACCUCUUGGUUUCUAGCCUCCAUAAAGACCCGCUUGCUUCAACUAAACUCAUGGAGUCCUAUGCCCAACUGGGUUCCCUUCAAUCCGCAAGACGGGUCUUUGUAACCUUCCCAAACCCAGAUUUUUUCAUGUGGGGUGUACUUAUUAAGUGCUAUGUUUGGAACAGGUUUUUUGGAGAGGCCCUUCAACUCUACUAUGAAAUGCUCUACCAUGGAAUUCAUAUUAACAGGUUUAUAUUUCCAUCCGUUCUGAGAGCUUGUUCAGGUUUUGGUGAUCUGGGUAGUUGUAGGAAGCUCCAUGGGAGGUUAAUCAAAUGUGGGUUUGAUAAUGAUCCUGUUGUUCAAACCUCAAUGCUCUGUAUGUACGGGGAAAUGGGCUACUUAGAUAUUGCUCGGAAAGUAUUUGAUGCAAUGCCGAUAAAAGAUGUGGUUGCAUGGGGUUCCAUUGUAGAAUUGUCUGUGGAGAAUGGAGAGCCAAAUAAAGGGUUGGAGAUGUUCCGUUGGAUGGUCUCUCAAGGUGUUAAUCCAGAUUCGGUAGCAAUGCUUAGUGUUGCCGAGGCUUGUGGUGAUUUGGGGUUCUUAGGACUAGCUAAAUCAGUCCACGGUUAUGUUGUAAGAAGAGAAAUGGAAAGUGAUGGUUCUUUAGAUACUUCUCUAGUUGUAAUGUAUGGUAAAUGUGGUGACUUACUAAGUGCAGAGCGGAUCUUUCAAGACAUUGCUCUUCGACGUACUGCUUCAUGGACGGCAAUGAUUUCCUGCUAUAAUCAAAAAGGCUGCUUCAGGAAAGCACUAGAUGUUUUUGUUGAGAUGCAAGAGUCCAAAGUAGAACCAAAUUCAGUUACCUUGAUGAGUAUUAUAAGUUCUUGUGCUUGGUUAGGCUUGCUCAAAGGGGGGAAGUCGGUUUAUUGCUUUGCUAUUAAAAAAGCUGUAGACCCUGACCUCGAUCUUUUAGGACCAGCAUUGCUAGAAUUAUACGCUGAAUGUGGGAAACUUAGCAGCUGCGAGAAGAUUCUUCUUACAACAGGAGAAAGAAAUAUUGUUUCAUGGAACAUGCUCAUUACAUUUUAUGCUAGGAAGGGGUUUUUGAGAGAGGCAUUAGGAGUUUUUGCACAGAUGCAGGCUAAAGGACUGAUGCCAGACUCAUUUAGCCUUGCAAGUUCUCUCUCAGCUUGUGGAAAUUUGAGUCUAUUACACUUUGGACACCAGAUACAUUGUCAUGUUAUCAAAAGAGGCUAUUUUGAUGAGUUUGUCCGGAAUUCGCUUAUUGACAUGUACUGUAAAUGUGGUUUUGUGGAUUCAGCUUACAUGAUAUUUGACAAUCUUAACCAUAGAAGUGUUAUAGCAAUUAAUUCUAUGAUUUGUGGAUUUUCUCAGAAUGGAUAUUCAGUUGAGGCAAUCAAUCUUUUUGAUGAAAUGUACUUGAAACGUCUUGAGGUGAAUGAAGUGACCAUCUUGAGCCUAAUCCAAGCUUGUUCUCAAAUAGGUUAUUUAGAAAAGGGAAAAUGGGCACACCACAAGGUUAUUACCUACGGUGUGAAGAAAGACUUUUACAUUGAUACAGCUCUAGUUGACAUGUAUGCCAAGUGCGGAGACCUUCAAACAGCUAAAUGUGUCUUUAAUAACAUGUCGGAAAAGAGCAUUGUGUCAUGGAGUGCCAUGAUUGCUGGGUAUGGCAUGCAUGGUAAGAUCAAUGCUGCCAAAUCACUCUUCAAUCAAAUGUUAGAAUCAGGAUUAGAACCAAAUGAUAUUACGUUCAUGAAUAUCCUGUCAGCUUGCAGUCAUGCAGGCUCUGUGGAAGAAGGGAGAUCAUAUUUUAGCUUGAUGAAUGAUUUUGGCGUUGAGCCUAACACCGAACAUUUUGCUUGUAUAGUGGACCUUCUGAGUCGAGCUGGUGAUCUUAAGGGAGCAUAUGGAAUUAUCAAAUCAAUGCCAUUUCCUGUUGAUCCUAGUAUAUGGGGUGCCCUGCUCAAUGGGUGUCGAAUCCACCGAAGGAUGGACAUGUUUGAACUCAUUCAAAAAGAUAUUUCAGAAAUUAGCACUGAUGAUACAGGAUAUUAUGCUUUGCUGUCUAAUAUAUAUGCAGAAGGAGGGAAUUGGGAGGAAUUUGGGAAGGUGAGGUCGAAGAUGAAGGGCAUAGGUCUGAAAAAGCUUCCUGGGUACAGUACAAUAGAGCUUAAUAAACAAACUUACAGAUUUGGAGCUGGAGAUAGUCCUCAUGCAGAAAUGAAGGAAAUUUACAGUUUCUUGGAAAAUUUUCAGAGUCUGGCUCAGGGACAAAAUUGUAAUAUGAAUUAUGAUAGUUCAUUGUCUAACAACUAUGUAUUAUCAUCUGAUGGAAAUAAUGUUUUGAGACAGUUUGAAGCUGCCGAUACAUAAAAUUUUCUUACUCCAUAAACAAGAAUACACAUUAUAAAAAAAAUUAUAAAAAAAU